AUGCUCGCAAAAGCGCAUGGGAAGAUAUCAACAGUACACGGUGUGGUAUUACGAAACUUAGAUGAUAUUAAACUAAUACGAGAACUAGAAAGUGAUUUGGAUUUAGACAUAUGGCGAGCUGGCUUGCCUGGUGUCAAAGAUGCCUAUAUCAUGGUCAGGCCACAAUUUAAGGAAAAAUUUCUGGAAAGAUUGGACGAAGCUGGUAUUCAGCAUUAUGUUCAUAACAAGGAUGUGGUCAGGGCCCUCGAUGACUUUGAAGCAAGGUUUAAUCAGUGGAAGUUGAGACGAAACAAUGAUGCGAUCUAUAACACUUAUCCUAGAUAUGGAGAGAUCGAGGCUUAUCUAGACAGACUAGGACGAGAAUAUCCUAAUAUAGUAACUGUAGUGAAUGCAGGUAACAGCUAUGAAGGACGACCAAUGAAAUAUGUUAAGAUAUCAACCACGAACUUCGAAGACUCAACCAAGCCCAUAUACUUCAUGGAUGCGGCAAUGCACUCCAGGGAGUGGGUGACUCCACCAGUAGCAUUGUACACCAUACAUCGCUUGGUUGAAGACUUGAGAGCUGAAGAUAGGGAUCUCUUGGAGAACAUUGACUGGGUUAUCAUGCCUGUGUUCAACCCGGAUGGAUGGGAGUUCUCUCAUGUUGAGAACCGCAUGUGGCGCCGCAGUCGUUCCUUCAACGCAUCCAUCAGUCCCAUCUGCUAUGGAGCCGAUCUCAACAGGAACUUCGACAUUUUCUUCGGCACCUUCAGCGUCUCCAGUAACCCUUGCUCCGACAUCUAUCCUGGACCAUUUGCCUUCUCUGAAGUCGAAAGCCGUAACGUCAGAGACAUGCUCUAUUUACAUUUAGACCGUAUCCAAAUCUACAUGAACAUGCACAGUUAUGGGAACUUUAUCUUGUACGGUUUUGAUAAUAACACGUUGCCUCAUAAUGUGGCGCAGUUGCAUUAUGUGGCUGCGGCUAUGGGAGCGCAUAUUGAUGCAAGGAAGAUGGCGGACGCUCCGUACUACGCGGUUGGGAAUAGUAAUUACGUGCUCUACGGCGCGUCGGGGACGUCUCAGGAUUACGCUCAGGCAAUUGGCGUCCCAUUUGCCAUAACGCUUGAGUUGCCAGAAUUCGACGGCUACAAUUUUCUGGUACCACCAGAAUAUAUUGAACAAAUAAACACAGAAACUUACGCCGGUAUAGCGGAAACUGCAAGAUUAUCGUACUUGUUCUAUCGUGAUAGACUUUAAAUAUAUUAUUUAUUAUUU